GACGCAGGCCGGGCUCGGGGCGGGGCGGGGCCGGAGCGGAGCCUUCACACGCCAGCGCCGCGGCUGCCGCUGGGCGGGACGGGCCGGGCGGCGCCUCCAUCUUGGGCUGCAGCGGCCGCGGGGAGCCCAGGUCCCAGCUGAAUCACAGGGGUUGACAUGGGAAGGGUCCUGGUGACAUCACAGCCAGUUCAGCCAACGAGUAUCCAGCGGAUCCUGUCCGGGGAGAGGCAGAGCCGAGGAGUCGUGGGGCAGGAAGCCGUAGUCGAUGAGGGCACCUCCCACAGCUCUGUGGCCCCGCCAUGGCUCCGGUGCUGGAGCUCUCGGACGCCGCCCACUCCCACUGCCUGCUGGUGGAGCUGAAUGAGCAGCGGCUGCGGGGCCAGUUCUGCGACGUCACCAUCAUCGCCGAAGACACCAAGUUCCCGGCCCACAAGAACGUGCUGGCGGCGUCGAGCCCGUACUUCAAGGAGGUGCUGUCGGAGGAGCCGGCCGGCCGCCAGCCGGCCCAGGUGCUGGAGCUGCCCGACAUCCAAGCCGGGGUCUUCUCGGACAUCCUCAACUUCAUCUACCGGUCUCGCCUCUCGGUGCCCAGCCCGGCCGCCGCCCGGCAGAUCGGAGCCGCCGGCCGCCGCCUGGGCAUCUCCUGGCUGGAGAACCUGGACCCCGCCGCUCAAGCCAAGGAGAUGAGUGAGCCCUGGAGCCCCGAGGCGGCCGGGGACACCUCGGCCUCCUCCCCGAGAUCCUGCGGCUCCCCCGUGGACCUGACCUGCCCGUCGCGGCCGGCCGCCAGCCCCGUCUGCCUCCAGGAGCCGGCCCGGCCGCCCAGCCCGCAGCGGGAGGCGGAUAACGAAACGGAGACAGCGAAGAUCCUCUACGCCCUGAGCACGGCGCCCGCCGAGCCGGGCGCCCCGGACUGGGAGCGGGAGCGCGGCGCCGCGGAACCGCCCGCCGCCGCCGCCGAGGGCGAGCCGGCGCCGUCGUCUUCCUCGCCGGCGGGCGGCGCCUUCCGCUGCGGGCUCUGCAGCCGCUCCUUCGCCACGCCGGCCGCCCUGAGCCUGCACCUGCAACUGCACCGGAGCCGGCGCUCCCUCUCCUGCCGCCACUGCGGCAAGAGCUUCAUCCACGUGAAGCGGCUGCAGACGCACGAGGUGCUCUGCAAGGAGGCGGAGGAGGAGGAGGAGGCGGCGGCGGGCGGCUCGGAGGCGCCGGCCCCGGCCCCGGCGGCUCCCCUUCCGCCCGCCGCGCCGGCGCCGCCGAAACCGGCGUCUUCCAAGAAAGGCCUGCUCUUCCGCCACCGGGCCCUGCAGCGGCUGGAGUACAUCCCGGAGCAGGACCACUUCGUCAAGGUGGUGGACGGCCACGUCAUCUACUUCUGCACCGUCUGCGAGCGCUCCUACAUGACCCUCUCCAGCCUCAAGCGCCACUCCAACGUCCACUCCUGGCGGCGCAAGUACCCCUGCCGCUACUGCGACAAAGUCUUCGCCCUGGCCGAGUACCGCACCAAGCACGAGGUGUGGCACACCGGCGAGCGCCGCUACCAGUGCAUCUUCUGCUGGGAGACCUUCGUCACCUACUACAACCUGAAGACUCACCAGAAGGCCUUCCACGGCAUCAACCCGGGGCUCAUCUCCUCCGAGAAGACGCCCAACGGCGGCUACAAGCCGCGGCUCAACGCCCUCAAGCUUUACCGCCUCCUGCCCAUGCGCUCCCAGAAGCGGCCCUACAAAACGUACAGCCCGGGGCUGCUGCCGGAGGGGCUGCUGCUGCCGCCGCCCCCGCAGCCCCUCCCAGUGGCGCUGGGCGAGGGGGACCCCGCGGCCGGCCCCGGCGGGGAGGCGGGGCCCGGCUGCGGCGCCGACGCCGGAGCCGGGCCGCCCGUUCCAGCGGAGGAGGCGCGGCGGGCGGACGGCGAGGCCCCGUCGGUCAUCGCCUACGGCCACCCGGCCGCCUCGGUCAUCGUGCACAGCACCUCGGUGGCGCCGGCGGGAGGCGGGGGCGGCCAGGCCUCCUCGGUCAUCACCUACAACAGCGCGCCGGCCGCCCCCCGCCCCGCCCCGGCCGAGCCCCUCAAAAAACAAGUGCUGAAGGAAUACAUCCAGGCCCAGAAGGCGGCGGCCGAGCAGGCCCCGGAGGAGGCGGGCGGCGGGGAGCUGCCGAAACCCCGCAGCCUGCGGCCCGGCCGCACCAUGACUUACAUGGCCAAGCCGGCCUACGUGGGCGCCGCCUCGGAGAGCCGCAGCGCCCCGCUGUGCCAGAUCACGGUGCGCAUCGGCGAAGAAGCCAUCGUCAAGCGACGCAUCUCCGAGACCGACCUGAUGCUGGACAAAAGCCCGCGAGGCCCCAAGCGCUUCGAUUUCGGGCCGGCCGAGAAGGCGGCUCCCGGCAAACGGGCCGGCGGCUCCUACGCCCACAACGAGAGCGGCGAGGAGGAGAGCGACCGGGACGCCGAAGACCAGCUCUGGCGUCCGUACUACACCUACAAGCCCAAGCGGAAGGCCGGCGGCUCCGGCGGGGCCGGCUCCGGCGUCCCCAAGGUGAAGCGGUCUUCCCGGUGGCGCCGCAAGCUGCGCUCCCUGCGCUGGAUGAAGCGGGGGGAGGAGGAGGAGGAGGAAAGGGAGGAGCCCAGCCCGGCGCCCGCCCGCGCCUCGCCCAGUCCCGGCGGCUCCGACGCCCCGGCGCCCGAGCCGGCGCACAAGGCCGGGCGCGGCAGCGCCGAAUGGAAACACGAGUGCGGCGCCUGCGGGAAGCUCUUCUCGGCGCUGAAGAAGCUGCGGAAACACGAGCGGGUGCACGGGCGGCCGGGCAAGGACGACCUGGCGCCGGCUCCGGCGCACCGGGUGGGCCGCAAGCCCUCGGUGAAGUUCACCUGCGCCCACUGCGCCAAGGUCUGCAAGACGGCGGCGGCCCUGAGCCGGCACAUGAAGCGGCACGAGGGGGAAAGCCGGGAGCCCGGCCCGCCCGCCCUGACCACCGUCAUCGCCUAUUCCAAAAAGCCGGAGGAGCCGGAGCCGGCGCUGGCGGCCGUCAAGGAGGAAAUCACGCAGGAGAUGCAGGUCUCGUCGUCCAGCGGGGAGCCGCCGGCGGCGGAGGCCAGCCGGGGCCGUGCCGCCGGCCAGCCGGCCACGCCGGAGAGCCAGGGGGCAGCGCCGCCCCGGGAGGAAGAGGUGAUGCCGCCGGAGACGGGCGGGCCCCUGGAGGCGGCCGCGCCGGUCGCCGAAGCCGCCACCACCAGCCGGGCCGAGCUGGCCCCGGCGCCGCCCGCCCCCCGGGCCGCCCUCUCCUUGCAAGACCCCGUCAUCUCGCACACCAGCCCGGCCCCGCCCGAGGAGGAGGAGGCGGCGGGCGGCUUCCCGGAGAGGUACCCGGUGCAGGAAUACCCGCUGCCCCUGCUGGCGCCGGGGGGCUGCCGGACCCGCAAAGAGGCGGACGACAAGCCCCCCUUCCUGGCCUACCCCGGCCCCCUCCCUUUCGGCGCCGUGGGCAAGGCCGGCGAUGGGGACGGCAAGGUGAGCUUCUACCCGGACCCCUACCCGCUCAUGUACGGGCACCAGCUGCUGGCCGCCUACCCUUACAACUUCACCAACCUGGCCGCCCUCCCCGUGGCGCUCAACGUGGUCCUGCCGGACGACAAGGGCCAGCCCCUGCCCUUCCUGCCCAGCGUCUUCGGCUACUCCGUCAACCCCUGCCGGAGCGAGGCCCAGGACGGGGCCGGGGCCCACGGGGCCGGCAGCGGGGCGGGGGGCGGGGCCGGCCUGCCCCGGGGGGGGGUGCUCCGGGGGGAGCCCCCGGCCCCCGAGCGCCUGAAGAAGGGAAAUUUCCUGUGA